AUGAACUCCACAUCUGCACCUGAGGUCGAAUUCUCGAUCAAAAACCGGACCCGGAUCAUCUCGCUCAACAGACCGGCCAAACUCAACGCCAUCACCACCAACAUGUGCGACGAGAUUGUUCCCCGGCUGGUUGAGUUCUCGCGGUCGGACGUCAACGACAUGAUCAUAAUAAACUCCAAGUCUCCAAAGGCGUUCUGUUCUGGAGGCGACGUCAUCCAAUGUGCAAAAAACAACCUUGACAAACAACCAUUGAAGAGCGUCGAGUUCUUCCAGAAAGAGUACAGUCUGAACUACUUGCUUUCUGUCUUCAACAAGCCCGUUGUUUCCCUCGUGAAGGGCAUCGUGAUGGGCGGGGGUGUUGGAUUAUCUGUUCAUGGUCCAUUUAGAGUUGUUUGUGAAUCAACCCGGUUUGCCAUGCCAGAAACCAACAUUGGUUUCUUCAGCGACGUGGGAACCUCGUUCUGGCUGCCUAAGCUGGACGGAAACCUCGGUUACUACCUUGCUUUAACGGGAGACGAGCUGUUUGGUCUCGACACCCUGAUUGCCGGCUACGGUACUCAUUACGUUCCUUCCCACAAACACGAGGCUCUCACCAAGAGACUGACUGCUUUGGAGCUUCCGCAGCUUGCUGCUAACAAGGACAUCUCCUUUUUCGAGGAAAACGACUUCCCUACUUUGAUCAGCGAGGCUAUUGAGGAGUUCACUGAACAAAUUCCUUCGAACCAUAAGUUCAAGUACUCUGCGGAGGAGCUCGACACCAUUGAGACCUGUUUCAACCCAGACACACACAAGACCGUGGAGAAGGUGAUUGAGGCUCUGGUGAACGACGGAAGCGAGUUUGCGCUGAAUACAAUUAAGAAGCUCGAGGCCAAGUCGCAGAUCUCUUUGAAGCUGUCCUGGGAGCUGCUUUUGUCUUCCAGAGACUCCACGAUCCACGGUGCUCUGUCGAACGAGUUGAAUGUUGCUGCCAAACUGAUGCUCGACUACAAGCCAAACGAUUUCAACGAAUACAUUCUCAAGAACCUGAUCAACAGAAACGCAUCCAAUCCUGAGGACAAGGAACUGCAUCCAAAAUACGCCACCCUGACCGACGUUCCAGAGAAGCUGAUCAAGUCGCUGGUCUCCAGAGAUAACUACCAGCCUGAUGAGAACGGUGUUUUGUCGCCGGAACAGACCAUCGAGUCCCUGGAGGCUCUCAAGGUGUCCAAGUUUGAGGACUGUCCUAAGCUCGUGCGCGACUACGACACGUACCCAUGGCAGAUGGGUCUCCCUACCCAGGAGGAGAUUGAGAAGUACAUCAAAGGAGAGGACGACUCGAACAGAAAGUACUCUGUCACUGCCAAGGAGGCUGGUAAGUACUUUAUUGGUAAGUUUGGCAACAGAAACGGGGUUGUUUACAAGGUUAAACACGUUUUGGAUAGAAAGACCAAGCCUAAUGAGUACGGCAGCGAGUACCUCGAAUGGAAAUAA